AUCAGAUAAAACCAUGUCAUCGUGCAAAGGAGAGUGAACAAUUACUUGGCGUCUACUGCAACAUCAGUCCAGCUUCGGUUUUCGUUCUUUUCCAUGCAAAAGAUUACGUCCAUAUUGGUCUACUUGGUCUUGUACAUUACGUCCAAAAACAAGAAGACCGCCACAUCUACUUGUCGUGCAAGAACUGUUAAUCGAGCGUGCCCUGCUGCAAAUCGUUUUUUCUUCGUCCAAUGUCUCCGUUCUCUUCAAUCACUCAGUAGCAGUACUUGUUCAAAGUGAAAAUGAUUUAUUCCAGACUCAAAUCUAAAUCUUCCCCGCAGAGACUCAAGCCAGAAUUGCAACCCAUACUCAUCGCAAGAACGCAUCAUAAAUACAUUUUGCUCAUUGUUGUGUCUGUUGUUCGAACAUCUACAUCGUUGUAAAAACAUUUUUGUGGCGCUAGAAGGCGGACAGCUAGUACACAGUUUUGGAUUUUAAUCAAAACCAAUCAAGCAACCCCCACCAAACCGAAACCAUGCCUCCGAAGAAGCAGCAAACUCCGGCGUCGAACAAGCGCGGCUCCGCCGCCGCAAGUUCAUCGUCCACCGCGAUCAACCAGCCCCCGACGAAGAAGCAGAAGCAACAGGAGGUGAAUUACCGCAUCGAGAAGAUCGAGCGGGUAUCAAAUGUAAAAAUGUCUGGGUCUGGAAGAUUCUGACACUUGUCAUGCACGUUCUGCAUGAGCCAUGAUGUCUGUGAUGCAUACCCUAGCAAUGCAGAUUUUUUGAGGGCUUCUUGAUGCGUAUUCCGCAUGACAAAUGCCUUCUCAGCGUAGCAAAAAUUGUAUUUCCUUUGGUACUCAUGCAAUACAGAUUUUUUUGGAAACCAAAUGCAGCAUCACAAGUUGCAUUCUUCCAGACCCAGACAUUUUUACAUUUGAUAGCGGGUGCUGCAGAAAUCCGAGGACGAGUUGAUCAAAACGAUGCUGCAGGAAUGCUGCUAUGGAUGUGUCAGAGUUGAAAUCGAGAAAGUUGAAAUAAUUUGUCAUGCAUAAAAUGGAUGCCAGUUGGAACCUAGUUUCCAAGUGGCGCAUGACAAAUUUCGGUGGUCCCUAAAUCCAGUUUGUCAUGCUGUUUAGGCAAAGAAGAGCGAUUUUCUCAUGCUACUUUAGCAGCUCGAGCUGUAACCCCAACCAGGCUGACAAUCGGCCUCAUUUGCCUGCUCUGCAACACACGUACCUCGGGCCAUGCAUUUUAUGCAUUACAAAGUAUUUCAACUUUGACGAUUUCAAACCUGACGCUUCCAUAGCUGCAAGGACGCGUUUAUCGGUGCGAAUCAGGACAUGGAGCAAAUGCUGCAGCACGUGGCUGCGGGGGGAACUGCAAGUGGUGGGAGCAGCAGUUCAUCCUCCUCCAGUGCGGCUCCAGGUUCAUCUCUGAACCUCCGGUCUUCCUCCAUUGCUUCCCAAAAAUACGGCUCGCACGGCAGGAAUUUCGAGUACGAAACGCUGCAACUGAUCUACAAUGCGAUCAACGAUUUGAAGACGAAGGCAACGAUUCGGAAGGAAGACGCGGAGUCGCUCCGGUCCACUCAGAAUUUGGAGAAGGACGACGUGAAACACAAACUCGAGCUCCUCGUAUGGAAUGCAAAUAUGUCUGGGUCUGGAAGAAUGCACAUUUGUCAUGCUUGUCUGGCAUGAAUCUUGAAUCUGUGAUGCAUGAGCAGGAAAAGGGCCUAUUGCCUGUCACGCAAAAACGCAGUUUGUCAUGCGGCAAACGCAACACUAAGCAGCGCAGACCUUUCUCAUGCAAAGCUAUGCAUUCCAGAGCAUAAUUCACUAUUCCCAACCAAGCAUUACAAGUUUUCAGACCCCAACAUAUUUGCAGUUCAUACCUGGCGGUGCAGUCCAACUUGAAAAAGGAAGACUUGAAGGCCGCCCUGAAAUACGAGGCGGAGAACAAGUAUGGAUGUGUCAGGAUCGAAAUCGACAAAAUCGAAAAAUUUGUGAUGCGUAAAAUGUAGAGCACUGAAGGCCUGUAUUGGGGAGCAGGCAUAUGAGACCGAUUGUAAGCCUGUUUAGGGGUAUGCAAUGCGCUGGCAGAGUAGCAUGACAGGAGCAGUCUUCUUGCCCAAACAGCAUGACAGACUGGAUUUUGGUGCUCCCGAAAUUUGUCAUGCGCCACUUGAAAGCUGAGGCUCCAACUGACAUCGAUUCUGUGCAUCACAAAUUUUUCGAUUUUGUCAAUUUCGAUUCUGGCACUCCCAUAACAAGGAAAAGAGGAAAAAAAUGACGAACGAAGCGAAGAAAGCGGAGAAGCAGGUGGGGGUCGAAACCGGGAAAUUGCAGGAACUGAAGGAUUAUGCGGUGCAAAAGUAUCGUAUUCGUAUAUAUGCAAGUCUUGCAUUACAAAUCUUUCUUUUAAGGUAAAUCAGCGUUACAAAUUUCAUUUCUCAUGCUGAGAAAAUUUGUAAUGCAUUUAUACGAAUACGAUACUUUUGCAGUUCAUAAGGAUGAAAUCGAAAAUUGCAGGAAGGAGUAUUUGGAAUUCCGCAGCAUGAUGACGGUCGGACCGCUAUCCUGAGUAAAAACGUACCCACACCAGAGUUGUAAUGCAGAUUUGCAAAGACAGGAAGACUUGUAAUGCGCAUCCCCAUGAGAGCCAUUUCCUGUCGUGUUUUGAAAUUUGUGAUGCUGUGAACAGGAUGAGCAAAUGAAUCUGUGACGCGGCUGCACUGGCUAACCUGCACUACACUGCAGAGUGCAACUUGUCAUGCGUGACUCACAAAACCCCUAGGUUUGUGUUGCAAAAUCCCCAUCCUAGUAACUCUGGCGUGGGUACGUUUUUACUCAGGAUAACCGCAGAACGCUCCGAAUCCCAUUCCGGCAGCAGCUUCUUCUUCUUCUUCUUCGAAAAAGGCAGGAAACAAGAAGGAGGAAGAAUCAAACCCUGCGCGGAAGAUGGUCCACGCCUUCUUAAAGAAGCUGAAACUCGAAGACUCGCUCAUGUCCGCCGCGCCGAAGGCUCUGGAAAAGAAACCGCACGACCGGUCGAAGUUCGAAUCUGCGGCGAUUGAGGCGGUCAAAGUGGAAUACGAGACGCAAUUCCUGCCGAAAAUGCAGCAAGAAAGGGAUUCUCAAAACGAGAAACUCCACGGCAGCCGAGCCGCCAGCGAUGACUUGCAGAGUCAGGUAUGGAUUUUUGAUGAAAUUUGAAUUUGUUCUAUUUCGGUUUAUAAUUGUUUGAAUUCGUAGUUUAGAUUUCGAAGCGAAUUUUCUUUUCGUUGUCCUGGUCAUGCAGAAACGCAUGAGAAACUAGAGCUCUCAUGUAGAAGAAUCGCAUGAGAAAUAGCUGCCGAACAUAACAAAUCAGCUCUCCUCACUCAAUAUGAUCACCGAAACUGCGAUCGAGCGGGUCCAGCAGUUGACUAAAGAAGCGGACGACAUGGACGAUAUCGCGACGGAUCUGGAGCAACGAGCCAAGGAUUUGAAGAAAUCCUUUUCGGACUCGGAGAAAAAUUUGAACUCUGCGUUGUUGGACGUGCAGGAAGCGGAGGAAGCGCUGACGUUUUUGCGCGAGGUGAUGAACUUGUGACGAACGAGGGAUUUGCCUUUGUUUUUCGGAUGUGGCCAUUGCAUGACAGGUAGUUUUGCCCUCUUGCAUGUUCUGUUUUGAUUCUCUCGAGAAGAAGUGUGAUUUUCAUUUUUCAGGGACAAGAAGUAUGAAUAUUUUCAGCUUCUUGAUGCGCUUUCGCUUGCCUGACAGGUAUUUUUGUACAAUAGCCGUCAAGUUGCAGUAGUUCUUUCUCAACCGACGUUUUUCUUUUUCCAAUUGUAGUUAUUCACUUUAACUUUUUCAGACUACCCACCAGAGAAAAAAUUUUCCAGCACGCCUCAACCUUACAGUACACUAGAAGCCUAACCACCUCGCUAUCACUUGAUCAUCUUUUGCCAGUAGCCCUGGUCGUGCAACUUUAUCGCCUUUCGUGUUUUAUUUCACUCAGUAUUAUCGGGAUCCCGUGGCCGUGCCCGUCAACAUCAACACUUCGUAGAGCGAAGUGAUCUGUUAAGCUACCCAUCCAGUUGAAAGUGAGUUAGAAAAUCCAUACUGCAGGUAAGGUUUUUAACUAGGUAUACCAGCCGAAAUAUAUAUGCACCUCUCUGCCCCGACAACAAGUUGGUAAAUUCUCAUAACUCGAAAAACAU